AUUUCAACCAAAAACACCAUGGCGAACUCAAAAUACGAGUACGUCAAGGCUUUCGAGCGCUGCCAGCCAGAUAUCUUGCUGCCAAACACAUGGAUCGUCAUUCGUCUGGACGGCCGCGGUUUUCAUAAGUUGACCGCGAAAUAUGAAUUCGACAAGCCGAAUGACCGCCGCGCCUUAGAUCUCAUGAACGCGGCGGCGGUGGGCGUCAUGACUGAGCUGCCGGACCUGGUGCUUGCGUACGGUAUCAGCGAUGAGUACAGUUUCGUUUUUCACAAGGACUGCAUGCUCUUCGAGCGGCGCGCAGCCAAGCUGAUCACGACAAUCGCGACGACAUUCACGUCGUACUACAUCCACCUCUGGGGGCAAUACUUCGCAGGCACGGCGCUCACACCCCCAAUGCCGAGCUUCGAUGGCCGCGCCGUCAUGUACCCCAGCGUGCAGAACCUGCGCGACUACAUGAGCUGGCGGCAGGUCGACUGCCACAUCAACAACCUGUACAACACGACGUUCUGGGCGCUGAUCCAGCAAGGUGGGAUGGACGGGACAGCGGCCGAGAAGCGGCUCAUGGGCAGCGUGGCGGCGGAUAAGCACGAGAUUCUGUUCAAAGAGUUCAGCAUCAACUACAAUAACGAGCCCGAGAUGUUCAAGAAGGGCACGGUGUUGUUCCGGGACUAUGAGCUUGAAGACCCCGCGGCUAAGCCCGCUGCUGAUCCGGAGCUAGAUGCGUCGUCCCAGACGCAGCUUCCUGCUCGUGGCACCCCUGCGCCCAAGGGGAGCGGCACUUUGGAUGCGUUGAGCGGUACGAAUGCGCCGUUGAGUAAGACGCAGGCGGAGAAGGAGCGCAAGAAGCGGCAGAAGGCUAAGGUGGCGGUCGAGCAUGUCGAUGUUAUUAGGGAUGAGUUCUGGGAGCGGAGGCCCUGGAUUCUGAGCGGUAGGACGGGGAGGUUAAAGCAGGAGACGAAGGAUGGGGCUGAGAAGGCGCAGGCUGCGUGAGAGAUGCAGGGGAGGCGUCUUAAAGAGCUUUUGAAUCAAGGUUUUUUCACGGGGAACAAGAUGUUAAUUUAGUGAUCUUUCAUUCAUGAGAAAGCUAGGAAAGUAGCAUCAUGCUGCUAACG